CGGCGUUCGGCAUUGUCGCCGCCAUCGGGAUUUCGGCGGCGGCCGUUGCGAUAUCCCUGACCAUCGUUUUGUUCCGGAUCAUCGGUCCGAAACAGACGCGGUUCGUGGCGCAGAUCAUGGCGGCAGUGAUCGGUGCGGGAUUCGUCAUCGGGCUGCAGGUUGCAGCGAUCCUGUCCACCGGCACGCUGUCGCGCUUUUCCGUUCUGACCUCGGAUGCUGCUCUGUCGAUCGCACCCGAGAUGGACAGCCCGGUCUGGUGGCCGGUGAAGGCCUUGCUUGGUGAUGGCACGGCGCUGCUGUCCUUGCUUGCCGGCAGUCUCAUCCUGCUGGGUGUCACCAUUGCGGUGUUCGCGCCGCGUCUCGGCGAUGACGUCAUCAAGGCCUCCGCGGCGGCAGUGCCGGCGGGGCCUCGCGCUGAUGCGGGCCGGCGUUUCCACACGAUGUCGCGUCAGCAGGCGCUGCGCUGGAAGGAGCUUCUGCUGCUUCGCCGCGACCCCUGGCUGGUGUCGCAGACGCUGAUGCAGUUGCUUUACCUGUUGCCGCCGGCGUUGAUGUUGUGGCGCAGUUUCGCCGACAGCUCCGUCGCGAUCGUGCUGAUCACGCCGGUGAUCGUCAUGGCCGCGGGCCAACUGGCCGGAGGUCUGGCCUGGCUGACGAUAUCGGGCGAAGACGCCGCCGAUCUCGUCGCCACGGCGCCGCUGCCGGGCCGGCAGGUGACCCGCGCCAAAAUCGAGGUCGUCCUGAUUGUCAUCGGCGCGGUGUGCGCUCCGCUGGUCAUUCCGCUGGCGUUCGUCGCGCCGGUGCAGGCCGCCGUCACCGCCGUUGGCGUGAUGAUCUCGGCGAUGUCAGCCACGGCCAUUCAACUCUGGUUCCGCGUGCAGGCGCGUCGCAGCCAGUUUCGUCGCCGUCAGACGUCGUCACGGCUGGCGACAUUCGCCGAGGCAUUUGCGUCAAUCGGAUGGGCUGCGACGUCCGGGCUCGCGCUCGCGAUCGGCAAUCGCCGUGGUGACGGCGUCGGUGAUGCCGGGAUCGUACAGGGAGUGGCCAGCGGUCUCGACGAUACGCAGUUCGGCCUCGGGCCACACCGCGGCCAGUGCAUGCGACGUCGCUGGCGGGCACAGCAGGUCGUAGCGUCCCUGCACAAUGAUGCCGCGAAUGCCGCGCAGCUUGCCGGCUUGCGCCAGCAGUUGCCCGGGGGUGAAGAAGCAAUGGUUCUGGAAGUAGUGCGCCUCCAUGAACGGCGUCGAGGGCAGCGGGCGCGUGCUGGUUCGGAUCGCAUCGAGAUCGAGCCGGGUGCGGCCGGGCUUGUGUUCCGACAGGAUGCGUUCGGUGUCGUGCCAGGCACGGGCCGCGGGCGUAUGCACGGCGGGAUCGGGAUCGAGGAUGCGGCGCCAGUAGGCGUCGAGCGGCUGUGCGCGCUCUUCAGCCGGCAGCAGGCUCAGGAAGUCGUCGUUGAGGGCGGGAUAGAGCGUCCGCAGCCCGCCGAGGAAAGCCCAUUCGAGUUCGGCGCGGGUGCCGAGAAAUGUGUCAAUCGUAUGCUGAAGUUUUGGGAUCAGCCGGGCGGCCUGAUCGCCGUCGACGGCGAGGAUGGUUUGCGGGGCGGCGCCGAACCAGCGGCCAUCCGCGGCGAAGCCGUUGAUGCGGAUCGGUUCGCCCCAAGCCGUGUAAUCGUAUCGGCUGUAGCCCGAUGCGUUGGGCGCCUUCAUCACGAUCCACGUGUGCACGGCGAAGAUGCCGCGCCAGCUGACGGUGCGGGCCGCGAACACCCGGAUCAUGGCCUCGGGGUGUUCGGCGGGGGCGGGGAGCAGCCCGGCACUCGAUCGAUCGGCAAUCUGCCAGUUGCCACGACGUUCACCCAGGAAAUAGCCCGCCGCCGAUACACUGAUCGGGGCCAGAACCAGCAACAAUAUCAGGAUCAAAAGGCGUCUCACGGUCCGGGUGGGGCUGUUUUGCCAUCUUGAUAUAGGAUCGUCUCCGGGGACUGCCAGUUGCCUGGGGGGAUUCUGAUCUGGCCGCCCUUGCUUUGGCAUCACGUGGUGCCUCGGGAUGAG